AAGAGAGACGUUCUGAUCACAUAAACUUAAGGAGAAUAAUCAGAUGAUCUUACUUUUGUUAUAGUUACUUCUCAAAAUCUUGAAAUGAGGAGUAUGAAGAAUAACGAUCCAUGAUCAUCAUCACUAGAGCUUCUACCCUUCAACUUUCCUUGUUUAUUUUUCUGCUCUCGUAUUUAUAAGAUCUUGUGCAGGGAAGAUGCUGGUGCAAAGUUUUAUAGAGAGGCUUAGACCCCUGAUUGGGAUCAAAAGCUGGGACUACAUUGUCUUAUGGAAGUUGAGCAAUGAUCAGAGGUGUAUUGAGUGGAUAGACUGUUGCUGUGCCGGAACUGAGAACGUUGAGAACUGCAGGGACGAGCUUUGUUUUCCAGCUACGUCGUGUCUCCCUUGCAGGGAUGUUAUGUUUCCACAUCCAAGAAUCACACCUUGUGAUUUACUUGACCAGCUUCCUUCUUCCAUCGUUCUGGAUUCGGGAGUUCAUGCACAAACCUUGUUAUCAAAUCAAGCUAAUUGGCUGAACUACACACAUAACUCGGAUUCAAGUUUAUCGGAAGAAACAAUAGGUACACGAGUUUUGGUUCCGUUGUCUCUUGGAUUACUCGAGUUGUUUGUUACUAAGCAAGUUCCUGAAGAUCAACAGGUCAUAGAAUUCAUCAGGGCUCAGUACAAUUUUUUCCUGGAACAGCAAACAAUGAGUAAUUCAGGCACCACAGCAAACUCUUUUUCAUCUGAUCCAAAUGCUCAAAAGGAUCCCCUCAGCCUUUUCCAGCAGCAAAUUUUCCCGGACCCUUUGAAACAAAACUUGGAUUUGCCUCAUGAUAUCUCCAUUGACAGAAUCCAUCUAUGUACUUCUCCACUCCACCCUUUGGAGCAGUUCAGCAACGCUUCAGAAAUGGGACACGCUGCUAAUAACGGCAUCUUCUUGGAAGGAACGACAUACGAGUCGAGCCUCUUCACUCCCUCAAUUGAGAAUGGAUUCCAGGAGGUGGAAACAAUGCAGAGCAACAUGAUGAGCAAUUCGGCCAGAGCAACUAGUUGGAUGGAGCCCUCAGGGACAGUAGAAGAUCAGAUGAAUGAUGAUCCAUUUAUAUGUGAAAAUAACCGGUCAGACGAUUCUGAUCCUAACGACGACGAGGAUGACGCCAAGUAUAGAAGGAGGACUGGGAAAGGGCCUCAAUCCAAGAACCUUGUGGCGGAGAGGAAGAGGAGAAAGAAGCUCAACGAUAGGCUCUACUCCCUCCGAGCCUUGGUUCCUAAAAUUUCUAAGUUAGAUAGAGCUUCAAUUCUUGGAGACGCAAUCGACUAUGUCAAGGAGCUGCAAAAACAAGUAGAGGACCUGCAAAUUGAGCUUGAAGAGCAUUCAGAUGACGAGGAGGCAAGGAAUAUUACAGCAAAGGACGAUACUGAAAACAGCAUCCCACCAACUAUUAUACACCAAAACGGAACGAAACGUGGUCCUAAACGUGAACAAGAAAACAUUCUGAAUGGUUUCCACAAGGGUUCAUCUGGCAAUACUACUGUCAACAUCUCCAAACAGAACCAUGAGCUAGAUAUCACAAAUGAAAAAGUGCAGCAAAUGGAGCCACAGGUCGAGGUCUUCCAACUCGAUGGAAAUGAGUUCUUUGUCAAGGUAUUCUGUGAGCACAAAUCCAGUGGAUUUGUGAGGCUGAUGGAGGCGUUGAAUGCUUUGGGAUUGGAAGUAACCACCGUCAACGCAACGAGACACACAUGCUUGGUGUCUAGUAUCUUCAAGGUUGAGAGGAAGAACGACGAAACGGUCCAAGCUGAUCAUGUGAAGGAGUCCCUGCUGGAGCUAACCCGAAAUCCAUCAAGAAUGUGGCCUAAUGCAGCGGAAGAAUCAGAAAAUGGGAACAGCAUAGACAAUGAAUACCGUAAUCAUCAUAACCAUAACCACCAUUCCUUGCUCCAAAGCCGCCAAAUGAGUUCUCACCACCUUCAACGCCUGCACCAUUAAUAAGUGUACUAGUCAUGUUUGCUCAGAACUUCUUCCUUUCCUUUUUUAUCUAGUGUCAUUCGGUAAAGACAACUGUAAGAUCCUGAUAUACAUGUUUUAAUAAUACGACGCUGUUGACAUCAAAAUUUUG